GCGACAUGACAGCAAACAGCCGAGGGAAAAGAGGUGCUCCGCUGCGCUUCUCGGCGCUGCUGGGCUCGGGGAUGGGGUUGCUCGGCUACGCUGUCUUGGUGGCAGUGUGUGCGCUCUGUUACAGCAACUCUCUCAACGGGGAGUUCGUGCACGAUGAUGUAUGGGCUAUUAGCAACAACCCGGACGUCAGACCCGGCUCAAGCUUGCGGAACAUCUUCUCCAACGACUUUUGGGGAAAGAGAAUGUCCGAUAACACAAGCCACAAGUCCUAUCGUCCACUCUGCAUCCUUACCUUCAAGUUGAAUAUAGUUCUGGGUGGGAUGACACCGUUCUAUUUCCAUGUAGUCAAUGUGUGUUUGCACUGCGUUGCCACUGCCCUACUCAUGUACACCUGUGAACGGUGUGUGUUUGAUGACGGUCGACUGGCCUUCCUCACAGCCCUCCUCUUCGCUGUGCACCCGAUCCACACCGAGGCAGUGUCUGGAAUCGUCGGCAGGGCAGACGUCUUAGCCUGUCUCCUAUUCCUUUUGACAUUUCUCUCCUACAUUAGGAGCGUGUCAACUUAUCGAUCUGAGGACUCUCUUCCACCCACUGUGUCUCUGCGUUCACUGGCACUCAGCCUGUUUCUGGGCACCUGUGCCAUGCUGGUCAAAGAGACGGGAAUCACUGUUUUUGGUGUUUGUGUUCUGUAUGAUGCUCUGGUGCUCUGCCGCAAGCCCGUCGUCUUGUACUUGUCAUGUUCCAGGUUGAAGGAGCUUUUCAGGAUUUCUGGCCCAUUUAUCAAACGCGCGUGCAUUGUCUCUCUAUAUGUAAUGCUCAUCCUGUCUUUUCGUCUGUGGCUGAUGGGUGGCUCCAUGCCUCUCUUCUCCGAGCAGGACAACCCAGCAUCCUUCUCCCCACACCUGCUCACCAGAUUCCUGACUUACUGCUACCUGUUAGCCUUCAAUGCCUGGCUACUGCUGGCACCUAUUGUUUUGUGCUAUGACUGGCAGGUUGGCAGUAUUCCUCUAGUGGAGUCUUUGUGGGAUGGACGUAACAUUGCCUCCCUCCUGCUGGCACUGGCCAUACUUGCUCUCUGUCUGCACUGCAUGACAUCUCUACAGGAGAUGGAGAACAGGGAGGUGCUUGUGGGGGUGUUGUUGCUGGUCUUUCCCUUCAUCCCAGCGAGUAAUCUGUUCUUCCGUGUGGGGUUUGUUGUGGCUGAAAGAGUCCUCUACAUGCCCAGUAUGGGUUACUGUAUUCUGGUGGUGCAUGGUUUAAACCGGCUGUGCUCGGUGGUUGGUCGUUGGGGUGCUACAGCUCUCACCGUCUCCAUGCUGCUGCUGCUACUGCUCUUCUCCUGGAAGACUGUCCAACAGAAUGAGAUCUGGCUCUCCAGAGAGGCUCUCUUCAGAUCUGGCAUUCAGACUGUGCCCCACAAUGCUAAAGUUCAUUAUAACUACGCUAACUUCCUGAAGGAUAAAGGACGAAACCAGGAAGCCAUCCACCACUAUAAAACUGCCCUCAGACUGUACCCAAAACAUGCAAGUGCCAUGAAUAACCUGGGCACGCUGACACGCCACCCAGAGGAGGCUGAGCGCUACUACAAGAGAGCACUGGAAAUAAAUCCCCAACACAACAGAGCACUGUUCAACCUGGGCAACCUGCUCAAGUCCCAGGGGAAAGAGGAAGAGGCUGAGAACAUGCUGAAGGAUUCUAUCCACUUUGGUCCACACUUUGCUGAUGCUUACUCAAGCCUAGCCUCCCUCUACGCCGAACAGAAACGUGUUGAGGAAGCAAAUGAAAUGUACUUGCGUGGCAUUGAGAAUUGUCCCGAAAAUUCCGACCUUCACAACAACUAUGGUGUGUUCCUGGUGGAUACUGGUAAUGCAGCACGCGCUGCCAUUCAUUACCAGCAAGCUGUCCGGCUGAAGCCAGCACAUUACGUUGCCAUGGUGAACCUGGGCCGUCUGCUGCGUUCCUCCAAUGAUAACAAAGAAGCAGAAACAUGGUAUAAGAGAGCCCUUCAGGUGGCGCGUAAAGUGGACAUCCUGACCCCACUGGGAGCACUGUAUUACAACACAGGCCGAUAUGAGGAGGCCAUGGAGGUGUACAGAGAGGCUGCCGCCCUGCAGCCCGACAGCACCGACGUUUGGCUCGCACUGGCUCAGGUUCUGGCCAUGGCAGGCCAGGUUAAAGAGGCAGAGACAAUGACUCUGGGAAUCAUAUCAAAGAGCAGCAGCUGCAUCGAGUGUUACCGCUUAUUAUCUGCCAUCUACAGCAAACGGGGCAACUUCACAGAGGCUUUGGAUGCUCUAAAUAAAGCCCUGGAGCAGCGGCCAUCAGACCCUGCGGUGAGAGCAGAACUGCACUUCUCCAUUGGCAACCAGCUCAGAGAAAUGAACCAACUAGACAGAGCGUUUGAGAGCUAUAAGCUUGCUGUGGAACUCAAGCCUGACCAAUCACAAGCCUGGAUGAACAUGGGUGGAAUUCAGCACAUUAAGGGUGAUUAUGCAGCAGCGAGAAUGUAUUACCAGAGAGCACUGCUCCUGACCCCCAGUUCCAAACUACUCAAGGAGAACCUCGCCAAACUCGACCGGCUGGAGAAAAGACUACAGGGCACCAAGUGAACAACACUUGGCACCAAACAGAGAACAUGACAUGUGGCAGGCAGCGUGGAAUACUAAUGUGGAGCAGUACAUCAGGGCUAGACCCGUGGGACUGGAGAAACAGGGUAUGGUUGCCAGGUGAUGCCCAUGCAAAUGCGCAGCACAUGGGAUCACCUACAGAAGAGACCACAAUCAGGGAAGACCAUUAGCAUACACAAGCCUAGACCUGAUGUAUCCAGAUGCUCACCUGAAGUUUGAGGAGAGGGCUGGAUGGAUUUUUCUGACAUAUCGGGAGUAUUUUCUGGAACAUUAUAUUUAAAACGCAAAGGGUUAAUGGCUUUGUUGAAACCAUCAAUGAAAUGCUGCAUUUUUAUACUGGAUGGAUAAGGGGGAAUGUGUCAAUGUGUGUCUCUUAACACACACACACACACAUACACACACACACACACACUCCCACCCAGCCAUCCCAAAUAGGUUUAAUCUGAAUAAGCUUUAACUGAACUCUGAACUGAUAUUAGAGGAGUACUUAUGUUUCCUUUAUUAGAUUUGAAAUUGUUGUUGAUUUUAAUUUUAUAUGUAUAUGCAGAAAAGCCUUGCUGAAGUUUUGCACUGGCUCUCAGUUCAGCUUUUGCUUCAGCAUUGAGCAUGCAUGAGUGGACAGACUCACUCUUCUCCAUUCUGUCCUGCUAC